AUGGCUGUCGUGCUUGCUGCAUUUUUUGCUAUUCUACUGGCAGCCGGUGCAUGUCUGGCUGCUCUCCCGCCACAUACCAAUCUGCCCAUCGUGAACGGCGUCAUCGCACCAGAUGGCUUCCCUCGUCCCGCAGUUCUCGCUGGAGGAACGUUUCCGGGACCCCUCAUUGCGGCGAAUAAGGGAGAGGAUUUCGCUAUCAAUGUACAGGACUACCUUCACGACACAUCGAUGAACCGUACCACUACAGUGCAUUGGCACGGUAUCCAGCAGCGAUAUGGGUCAGUCUACGCAGAUGGGCCCGCAUUUGUGACGCAAUGCCCGAUCGCACCAAACCACUCGUUUCCGUAUCAGUUCAAUCCAAUAAAUCAAACGGGAACUCACUGGUAUCACUCCCAUGAAUCUUUACAGUAUUGUGAUGGGCUCAGAGGGCCGCUCGUCAUCUACGAUCCGGAUGAUCCUGCCAAGCAUCUGUACGACAUUGACGAUGAAUCCACAGUAAUCACUCUAUCGGACUGGUAUCACAACGUUUCCAGCCAAAUUCCGGCUCCACUCCAGGCAUGGUCUACCUUAAUCAACGGAAAAGGCAGAUAUCUCGGCGGGCCAGACGUGAACCUUGCUACCAUUAAUGUGGAGCAUGGGAAACGAUACCGGUUCCGCUUGGUGUCGAUGAGUUGUGACCCGAGCUUCAACUUCUCCAUUGAUGGCCACUCGAUGACUAUUAUCGAAGUGGAAGGGAAUAAUGUACAGCCUUUAGAAGUCGGCUCUCUUAACAUUCUCGCCGCGCAGCGAUACUCCUUUGUGCUGAAUGCUAACAAACGUGUCGAUAAUUACUGGAUUCGCGCGCAACCUAAUGAUGCUAUGUACGACGGAUUCUUCAACGGGGUUAACAGUGCCGUCUUGCAUUACGUGGGCGCUAGCUCUGGCGAGCCGACCCAAAACGUUACGUCCCCAGGAUCAUUUCUCUUGGAGACCAAUCUCCAUCCACUCCAGAAUGCUGCUGCACCUCAGAAUGCUCAAGGGGAAGCCGACGUAUAUAUUAACCUUGCAUUCAACUUCACCGCAGGUCUUUUCACCGUGAACGGGGUUCCUUUCAUACCACCUCCCGUCCCUGUGUUACUCCAAAUACUGAAGGGUGCAAAGACUGCUCACGAGAUUGCGCCGGUGGGAAGUGUGUAUACAUUGCCGCGCAACAAGGUUAUACAGGUUUCGAUGCCUGGUGCAAACGUAGAUGCCAUCGGCGGUCCUCAUCCCGUACAUCUGCAUGGUCACGCCUUCUCUGUAGUGAGGAGCGCCGGCUCCGACAAGUAUAACUUCCAUAAUCCGGUCAAGCGUGAUACCGUCAGCAUCGGUGGUGCUAGCGACAAUGUCACGAUCCGUUUUGUUACUGAUAACCCCGGACCAUGGUUCUUGCACUGUCACAUUGAACCUCACUUGAAUGCCGGGUUCGCAGUUGUGUUCGCUGAAGACGUUCCGGAUAUUCCAACAACGGACCGUACGACGGAUUCCUGGCGCGACUUGUGUCCUUCCUACGACUUGCUCCCGCUAGGUGAAAGAUAA